CAUUUACAAACAACAAUUUUUUAUUUUUUUAUUUCAUCGUAAUUAGUAAUUAGCUAAUUACAGUAUUUGACUAUUUGUCUCCUUUUUCACACUUUCGCUGCCCACUCUCUCUCCUCCAUUGAAGUGUACUCUGAGCUUUCUCUCCUCCAUUGUAGCUGCUUCUGAGGAAAUUGAUGGAGAACAGCUCAGGUGAAGAAUCUGGGAUCAGUGAUUCGGAGAUUGAGGAGUAUGUGGAGAAACCGUAUAAAGAAUUGCAAUCUGGGAUGUACAAGGUGAAGAAACCAAAUGGUUUCCUUAGAUGCCCGUUUUGCGCGGGUAAGAAGAAGCAAGAGUAUGGAUUCAAGGACCUGUUCCAACACGCCUCCGGUGUUGCCAAAGGUGCUUCCCAUCGAAGUGCUAAACAAAAGGCUACCCAUCUUGCAUUGGCGAGAUAUUUAGAAGUUGACUUGGGUUUUGGAUCUGCACAACCUACCCAAGCAGCUGAUCCAGAACCACAAGCUAGUGAGCAAAAAGAGGAUAUCUUUUGCUGGCCGUGGAUUGGUGUUGUUGUCAAUAUCGUGAGUGAUGAAAAGACUGGAAAACAAGUGACUGACAGUGGGUUCUGGAUGAAAACUUUCUCCAAGUAUAAGCCUUUGGGAAUUGAAGUUUUUCAUGACGAACAAGAACAAGUUGCACAAGCUGUGGUUCACUUUGAGAAGGAGUGGGCUGGCUUCAAAAACGCUGUGGACUUUGAGAAGUCAUUUGAAGCUGGUCAUCACAGUAAGAAGGAGUGGAUUAGUAAAAAGGGGAAUCUUGGUUCUGCUAUCUAUGGAUGGUUUGCCCGUGCAGAUGAUUACCAUGCAGAAGGUCUGAUGGGAGAGUACCUUCGCAAGAACCGAGAACUCAAGACACUUUCAGAAGUUAUGCAAAAGGGAAGACAGGACACUGAAACAAUGGUUGUCACCUUGGCUAAUGAGAUUGACAUGAAGAACCAGAACCUGGAUGAAAUGCAAUCCAGAGUCAAUGAGAAAGCUAUGUCCUUGAGUCGGAUGCUCGAAGAAAAAGACAACCUCCACCAAGCAUUUUAUGAAGAAACCCGUAAGAUGCAGCGCAUUGCUCGGGAUCAUGUUCAAAGGAUAUUGGCAGAACAAGAAAAGAUAAAUCAUGAUUUGGAGUCGAAGAAAAGACAGCUUGAUUGGCGCACUAGAGAAUUAAGCAAACGCGAGGUCUUAACUGAACGUGAACGGCAGAAACUCGAUGAGGAGAAGCAGCAGAAUGAUGAAAGAAACAAUUCACUGCAAAUGGCUUCCGUGGAGCAGAAGAAAGCAGAUGAAAAUGUAUUGAGGCUUGUUGAAGAACAAAAGAGAGAGAAGGAAGAGGCCUUGAAGAAAAUUCUUCAGCUAGAAAAGGAGCUGGAUGCUAGGCAAAAGUUACAGUUGGAGAUUGAGGAGCUAAAAGGAAAAUUAGAAGUUAUGAAGCAUCUUGGAGAUGAUGAUGAUGCCGCAGUCCAGAGGAAGAUGAAGGAGAUGAGAGAAGAGUUGGAUCAGAAGAUUGAUGAUAUGAACCAUUUAGAAGAUAUGAAUCAGACUCUUGUGAUAAAACAAAGGCAGAGCAACGAUGAACUGCAGGAAGCUCGAAGUGUGUUAAUUAAUGCUCUAUUAGAAAUGUUGCAAAGUAACCGCACUAAUAUUGGUAUCAAAAGAAUGGGUGAGAUAGAUGAGAAGGCCUUUGUUGAUGAAUGCAAAAAAAGAUUCCCAAUAGACGAGGCCUUUGUGAAAGCAAGUGAGGGAUGCUCGCUGUGGCAAGAGAAUUUGAAAGAUCCAGCGUGGCAUCCUUUCAGAAUUAUUGAACAUAAUAAUGGAGAAACCAAGGAAGUAAUCAAUGAAAAAGAUGAGAAAUUGAUGAAGCUCAAGGAGGAGUGGGGUGAUGAAGUAUACAAAACAGUUACUGUGGCCUUGAAAGAGCUGAAUGAGUAUAAUCCAAGUGGGAGAUACGUGAUCAAUGAACUCUGGAACUACAAGGAAGGACGUAAGGCUACUGUAAAGGAGGUUGUUAAUUAUAUAUUUAGGAAUCUGAAGACUCUGAAACGCAAGAGGUGAAAUCGUCCAUUUGCUUGCUCUCCCAAACGAGUCUUUUGGAACAUGUUGAUCUCUAGCAAAUGCAAUGUUCCAGCCUCAAAGUUUCACCUAAUGGAAGGUCUAGAUCCAUGACAUUUGUGUAUCAGUCAGCUUUCGCCCAUUUAACGCUAUGCUAGGCUAUACAACAUUUGUGAUUCAAUCACAACUUUAAUAAGUGAGGCAUCAUUAGACAAUUUGUUCAUCUUCUAAUAGUACUCCAUAUGAUGAUAAUUGUAGCCUUUGUAGUCUCAUGUUAUGUUCCCUAUCUUGCUAAAUCUGCUUAUGUGAUUCACUGAUUUGUAUAGCUUGUUGGAAA